CAGGAACUUGCCUUGAGAAAAGACAAAAGAAGCGCACUGCUAAAUAUUACUUCCUCUCAGGAUUAUUCUCUAAACAGGAUGAGGUUUUUUGAAUAAGGCAGUUCACGGCUGAGCUGUUAAAGCACAUUAGAGGCCUACGAACAGCAUCUAGUCUGGGACAUGAACUGGAUGUACAUGCGUUAAAUCGGUGAGAAGAUGCUCUGCGCUCUGAUCGCGAUGCUCUGCGCUCUGUUGGCUGCUGAAAGAGCGACAUGCGUCACCAGCAAGUGCACAGACACAGCGUGCUUCACGCUCCACACUGAAAAGGUAACGUUUGAGAGCGCCAGAAAAAACUGCAGCGAAAGCGGCGGCUACUUGAUCACAGUAAGAGACGAUAAUGAUUUACAAGCUGUGAAGUCACUUCUCGCGUUAGCCGGCAAGCUUUUGGUGGAGGAAAAAGUCUGGAUAGGACUCAAGCUUUCUAAAGGGAGCUGUGUGCUCAGUGACAAGGGGCUGCGUGGCUUCACAUGGAUUUCCCCCGAUUUCCCUACAGUCUCCCCGGUUUCCUCCUACUCCAACUGGGGAAUGGAACCGAGAAGCACGUGCACGGAGGAGCGCUGCGUUUCGCUCUCUGCUAAAACCGAGGAACUCAAAUGGGGAGAUGUAUCUUGUAAUGGGCACGCGCUUUAUAUGUGUGUGUAUUAUUUUAGGGGAAUGUGCAAACCCUUGUCACUUGCGGGACCGGGAGAGAUUCAUUACACGGUUCCAUUUCUAAAAGUGCCACUUAAACAAGAUGGUAUUUUGGCUAUGUUACCUCAUGGAACAUUAGCCGAGAUAAACUGCACGUAUGAUAGUGAUAUGAACAAUUAUGCGAUGUGUAAACCUCAUUCUGAUUCUGAAUCGAAUGACAGAGGCGCGCAUUUCGUUUGGGAAAAGCCCGGACCAUUUUGCGCCUCGGCUCAGCGGAGUUGCAAAAACAGAAACGGAGGAUGUGAUCAGCUGUGCUCUGGUGAUGUUGAUACCGGAGUGCGUUGUGAAUGUAAGAAGGACUACUACCUCGCGGAUAAUAAAGUCACAUGUCUGCUUAAAGACGCCUGCAGCAGUUCACCCUGCCAACACGAGUGCACGUCAAAACCGACCGGGUUUGCAUGCACGUGUCGAAAAGGCUUUGAGCUUUCCGAAGACAAGGUCCACUGCAAAGAUGUUAACGAAUGUACCCAGGACAUUUGCAUGGGUCAUAUAUGUCGCAAUAAAGAAGGGGGAUAUGAGUGUGAAUGCAAGAAAGGCUUUAAGUACGUUGAUGGUAUGUGCAAGGACAUAGACGAAUGCGCAGAAUCGGCGUGCGCGCGUCACGCCAAGUGUCUCAAUUCUGAGGGUUCGUUCUCUUGUUACUGCUUAUCUGGCUUUAGAACGCAUGGAGAGCGAUGUGUAGAUAUCGACAAAUGUCUGGAUCAGCCCUGUGAAGGUAUCUGCAGCAAUACGGACGGUAGCUACACGUGUUCUUGUGGUCCAGACUUGCAUUUAGCUGAGAACGGCAUCAGCUGUGUUCCAGACCAAAAGGGCGGAACAACUUCACAUGAUUCCGAAAUAUUAAAUAAACUGUUGGAUCAAACAGCAGUAAACACAGUCACGCCACAUUUAAACACAGAGACAACUACGGAAACGCACCAAAGUGUGCGCAAAGAUGGCUCAAUUGUCGGUUCUUGGGUCUUGGUGUAUGCGUUGAGCUCGGUAAUUCCCCUUCUCCUGCUGAUCACACUCACUGCGGUUAUUGUUGUGCACCGCUGGAAUCGCUCACGCAAAGACGCCAAGAAGAAAAACGCCACGACAGACAGCUACUGCUGGGUUUCUUCUGGAUACACAAGUCAGUUAGAAACGCAGCGGAACAGAAUAUACUGACUGCGCCACACUUCUUCUAAUGGACUACAUCAGACAAGAAAAAAAAAACUUAACUAUUGUUUUGAUUUUUGAUAUUACACACAAUUUCUUGUACUUUGAAUGCUUUGCUUUUUAAUUGGGUUGUUUUUAUUUUUGUAAUCAAUAAGACUUGUCAUUUGAUACAAGACUUUAUUACUUCCUCACUGAAUUGAUCCACAGAUCAAAUCAGCUUUGAUAAUAACAAUAAUCUUUUUAAUAACCAUUUACUGCCUAAUGCCAUUUUAUCCAGUGGUCCCAAAACACAACACAGAAGCUUAAUAUAGCCUAUGUGUAUUAUCCAAAAUUAGGCUUGUAAAUGAAUAAGCACUAUACUAUAUACAGUUUUCAAAAUGUGGUCUAGGGACUCUCAGAGAUUCUUUAAAUGUAGCCAGGGGGUCCACAUUCAUCAUUUUAAUUGUGCUGAAUGUGGAAAUGACUAUAAAGUAGCCUACUGUCAACUGCAAUCAAGGUUACUGAGCUAUACACUUUUAAACACCUUUCAAAUGGGUUUGAGCUUAUUUAAAGGUUCUGCCUUGAAAUUGUUUUAAUAAACACUUAAUUAUAGGGGUUUACAAAGAACUGGAUUCCCACAGAGCAACAAACAAAAUUCUUGAUUUAAAAUUGAAUUUAAAAUUAAACCAAUCACACCAGUGCUUCUCUUAAAGGUAGCUCCAUAACUUGAAAACGAGCAUAAAUAAUGUCAGCUCGAAUCUAACUGCAGUUGUAAUGAAACUAGCACUGAUAACAAGAUAGAAAAUGUUUUAAAUCUAUGUUUGAACACAUUGUAACUGGCUUAGGAAUCAAAGCAAUGUGCCUAAUAGAUAGAUUAUGACAAUAAAACAAAUUUGAGCCUCAA